CCAGCGCUUUAGCUCAUGUGUCAGCGGCACAGUCCCAACUCGCAGACUCCGCUUUGUCUCUCUGUCCCUCCCUCUCCGCUGCACUUCCCCGGCUCUCCGCUACGUGUCGCUGUCUCCCCCGGGGGACCCGAGGCAACGGAUAGAGGGGAAGAAGCUGCCGCAGCGGCUCCGUGUGUUGGGCCCGGGGAUGCCGCCCUCUCCUUCCCGCUAACUGGGGCCAUGGAACGGGAGCCGUGCGGGGCCGGAGCCGCCUGUAUCCUCCUCAUUGUAGCUAUCGGGAUGCAGAUCGGCCGAGCGGCGGGGGAAGACACCAAGUCUUGGGGCCCUUUGCCAUUGAAUGGAAGCAGCAUGUUAGAAGAAAUCCAAAACCCAUCAAAAACAAUAGCACCCGAUGAAGAGUUUAAAUUCUCCCUAUCAUCAGAACUGGUCUCCACUAGAUUCCUCACCACCCAGUCACCAGAUCUUUUACAAACCGGAAGUUUUUCAAAAUCGAUUUUACCAAAUUCCAACAGCGAUGUUUUGGUGGACCAAGUUUUACAAGACUCAAUCUUUGAAUUUCAGUGGACCACAUCUAUGGCCGCCUCUCACGAACCAUCUUAUUCAGAGGCCAUAGAUGUAGCACCUCUGCUGAGUUCUACGGUCCUUUAUUCUUCAAUCACCAAGGAAACAGGACACUCCACCAUAACUCUAGAUUCUAGUCUAAACAAUCCUUCCUUUAUUUCUCCAGAACACACUGUGGCUACCUCUGCUGCAAUUGCCCUUGAAGCAUCUUCAUAUGGAGAACAUUUAUCAGUAUCACCAAGUUUAGAAGAGUGCAGCUCAAUUAUUUGGACAGACAUAUUGUCUGACAUUAUUGAAGAUACACUUGGGGGUUCUAAUGCACAGCCUCCUACUUCUCUUGAUGCCCCAGUAAGCCAAAAGACUAUCAAACCAACUGAAACCAGCUCAGAGGAUGCCAACUUCCUUACAAGUGGAAAUGCUUUACAAAGCAUAUUUUCAGUAUGGCAGUCAACUGCUCAAGUUUUUACCCCCAGCCUUUAUAUGUCUUUGUCAUCCACUCCCCUUGACUCUAAUGGUAUAGAUUUUUCUAGCAGUCCUCUGGUGACAAGCGGAGAUGAGAGCUUCACGGUCAUUUCUAGUCCUACUUCCACUCUAGCUCAUGAGACAUUGGAUCUUGGUUUGAAUGUUCAAGCUUCGUCCAAGCUUGAGUCAAUGGAACAUUUAGAAACCAUAUCAAUGAAACCAUCAGUAUUGACUGGAGAGAACUUUUUGACCAGCAUGGUGGCAGACAUGGAGGUUGAAGAAGAAUCCACCCGUGAAAUCUUUGUCAGAGUCUUCCCUUCAACGUCUUCUUGGCAGCUGGAGAGUUCGGUAGCUCCCAUGGAUUUCUCAAGCUUUUUAGAUACCAGCUUUAUGGAGACACCAUCUUCCACCCUUCUACAGUCCCUCAGUAGAGAACUGGAACCACAUGAUUUGUCUGUACUUGGCAACACAAUGGCCAUAUCAACUUUUAUGGACUCAAACUUUUAUGCCACUGACUCUUUGGAACUGGAAUCACCCUUUGCCUCUACUGUUGAUACAUAUAGGACUCUAACGUCCCUCGAUCAAUCUCUUUUUGAAACUGUGAACGCAAUAAAAGACACGGCAUCCACCAAUCCAGAAUCUGUUUUGUAUUUUAGUGAAACACUGUUUCGUCUGGAAGAAUCAGAGACUAUUUCCCAUGUGUUCUCUUCUCAGCAGCCUGUGGUUUCUCUUCUUGAACCAAGCAACACGCUGCCUUCAUCUCCUGAAGAAAUAAUUACAUCCAUCUCUCCUUUGGAAUUCAGUGAACAUCCAUCUACCUUUUCUCAGGGCUCGUCUGCUAUGAUAUCAACAUUGGAAUUAUUUCUCAGUAGCUCUGUACUGGAGUCCAGUUUAUUAUCGACAGUGGACACUAUGGAUAUUGCACCUUGGCAAACCUCAACCCCUUACACAGUUGCCUCACUCACUCCAUUUUCCAGCAGUGGCUGGGGAGAGAACAGUUCAAGUGUCUUCUCAGAGUCUUCAGAGCUUUGGGAGGCAACAUCCUCCUUACAGUUGGAGUCUGAGUUUCUGUAUACCUCAAGUUUUACUGGUGCUAUCUCCACACUGCUGCCUUUGUCCCCGUUUUCUGAUGCAGAGACUGUGGUGACGUCGAUCUACACUUCCAACUUUGAUGAUUAUGCCAGCAGUGACCUGGAUACAGAAAGUCCUCAGACAUCUCUAGUAACAACUUUCUAUUUGAACUCAUGGAUGUCUGUAUCCGUAUUUGAUGGAAGUACAGUUGUUACUCCAGAAAACACUUUGCAGACACAAGAACUAAGUGUAACCCCGACAAUAAACUUAUCACCCACCUUAAGUGAACUUUCCAGCCUGUUAGAGAGCUUUGGUGAUAUGUCCAUCUUGAGCCCAACAACCACCUUACCCUUGUUGCCCACAGAGAGUAUAUUGAGUACCCUAAGCCUUCUAGAUACCAUAAGUGAUAUGCCCACCCUAAGCAUUGAAACCACCUUCUUCUUACCAACUUCUGUACCAUUCAACCUGAGUAUCCCAUACACAGUCAGUGAGAUUUCAUCCACUUCAUUUUUACUACCCACAUUGAGUGAAGCUCCUACUUUAACCAUGUCAUACACCAGCAGUGAUAUACCAGCCACCUUACUGUUACCAACCACCUGGAGUGUACAGCCCAGUCUGAGCAUACCGGAAACCUCCAGUUACAUACCCAUCCUGCCAACAACUUCAUUGUUAACACCAAGCUUCAGUGUACAGCCUUCUUCCACUAUCAGUGAUAUAUCAACCAUCUUGCCAUUGUCACCAACUCUGAAUAUAGAAACCAGCCUCAACAUGCCAACCACCUCCAUUGUAACCAUUCCAUCAACCUUGGUCUCACCACCAAUCAUGAGUGCUCCCUCCACCUUCAGCAUGUCAUCCACGGCCACUGACAUAUCAACGAUAUCCAUACCAACUACUUCACAGGUGUCACCCACCUUGGUUGUAACUCCAGUUGAGACUGUGCAAUCCAUUUCAAGUAUAAUGUCCACCCUAACCAUCUCUUCCUCUAUCAAUCUGUAUUCCAGCACUAGUUUGCCCAUUAACCCUAGUGCUCCUCAUACUUCAAGUAUCAUUGUUUCUCCGACCCGUAGCUCGGCUGCUACUGUGGCACCUACAGCAUCUACACCAAAUCCACCUGCCAAUACAGAGGUUCCUAGCACUGUAGGAACAGUCUCUACAGAAGCAACCAAAUAUACAAGCCCAUCUCCAGGGCCUACAAAAACUCCUUCAACAUCUGUUCAUCCCUUUACAUCUCCAGCUGUACUCACAACGUCAGCUCAUCUGACCACGACCAGGUUACCACUUGUGUGUGAUGUCUCCAAUCCUGAACCAUAUCUGGUUAAAGCAGUUCUAACCAGAGGUGCCAGCAUAGAGAAUGUUACAGAAUCCAUAAAGGAGCUACUAUCCAAACACUUGAAUCAUUCAGUGGAGUUGGAGGUUUACACUCUGGAUCCAGGGUUCUCCUUCAUGGUCACCUCUGGGCCAUAUGUCUACACGUCAAUAGCCAUUGGAAACAUACUGAGCUACAGCAUAGGACUCUCCCCAUCCUUCCUUACCCUAGAGACGGCGAAUAUAGGGCUUGACCAAAGAUUCCAGCUUCAGACUGUUCUCCAGUUUGUGCCGCAGUCAGUUGACAUCCGCCUCUGCACCUUUAGUGAACAGAUACACAAGGGCCUAAGUCUAGCGAUGUAUGAAGUGAGAAAGUGGCGCCAGGAACCGGAUAAUUUCACUGUGCAGAUACUGAACAUUACUUCUGCCUCCCGGGAAGUUGUUUGGAAAGCACCUGUGACUGUCUCUUAUGCAGUCAGGGAUCAAAACGGCUUCCUUAAUGGCUCCGAUGUCAGCGACCAAUUGCGGAACCUCAGCCUGGUGGAAUUCAGCUUCUUCUUGGGGUUUCCAGUUAAACAGAUAGCUGAGCCAUCUCUGUACCCUCAGCUCGAUGUGUCCCCUCUGCUCAAGGACUCCUGGCUGCGUACAGUUUUGCUGGGGGUGAUGGAACAGCAGCUUCGAGAUGAAACGUUUCAGGCUGACAUGGAGCGGAAACUAGCUCAGCUCAUCAGCGAGGCGAGCUCCCAAAUACGCCGGUGGAAGAGAGCCAGCUUCGCGGGGAGCAGAACAGUGCAGGUUGUGAACGUCUCCCGGCUGGAUGCUUCCGAGGGCCCGGUGCAGCUGGUAUAUUUCGUAGAAGAUCAGUCCGGAAAUCGCUUACCUGCCACCGACGUCUCCACCCUGAUUAAUGAGCUCAAUAUCCAGCGGGCGGCCAUUAUUCUGGGAUACCGCGUGCAAGGCAUCGUGGCUCAGCCCCUCAAUCAAGCCCAAGAGGCCGAGCGACAGGCUCAGAACCUGUGGAUCAUCGUGGGAGUGGCGGUGCCGGUGCUGGUGGUGACAGUGAUCAUCAUCAUCCUGUACUGGAAGUUGUGUAGGACGGACAAGUUGGAUUUCCAGCCGGACACAAUGAGUAACCUGCAGCAGCGACAGAAGCUACAGGCCCCCAGCGUUAAGGGCUUUGACUUUGCUAAACAGCACCUGGGGCAGCACAGCAAAGAGGACGUCCUUGUGGUCCAUGAGCCCCCGCCUCCCAUUCUGCACGGACCCCUCAAGGAUUCCACCCCCUCGGAGAAUGGGGAUGUCCCCACCCCUAAGUCAAAGGGCUCGUCGAAACCCCCCAAAGGGGGGCACAAUCGGGGGAGCAGGGUCACUCCGUCGGAUGCAGGAUCCAUUGCCAGCGAUGCUUCUAGUGGAAAGGAAUCAGCUGAAGAAACAUCACUCAGACCUUCUGCUCCACCACGAGAACCCAAAAUGCACUCAGCGGCCAUUGGAGAGCUGCCCAUGUUCAGCAGUGGUACCGAGCAACACUCCUCGGCCUCUAUCUUUGAACACGUGGACAGGAUCUCUCGCUCCUCGGAGGUCGGCCGCCGCCUCCCCAGCAAGAUCCAGCUCAUCGCAAUGCAGCCCAUAGCCGCACCCCCCAUGCACGGACUGUCUGUGGCUGAAAGAGAAGCCGAGGUCAACAAGAUCAACAGGGAGAUUCAGACCACUCUCAGGCACAAGUCAGAGAUAGAGCACCACCGCAACAAGAUCCGCCUCCGCGCCAAACGCAAAGGGCAUUAUGAGUUCCCCUUGGCGGACAUGGCGAGCAUUAUGGACACCAAGGAGCGGCAUCGCAUGUACCGCAAAGCUCAGAUGCAGUUCGAUAAAAUCCUGGAUCCGGUUAGCGGGAUGCCAACUGUCUUUAUAGAGCCGAGGAAGAGCUCCCGGUCACGGCGCUCCCCCAAACAGAGGCGCAGACAGCAAGGAUCUGGAAGCCCCCCAGAUGCUGACAGGGAUCGCUUAAUUACUACUGACAGUGAUGGGACCUACAAGAGACCCCCAGGGGUCAGCAACUCCGCCUAUGUUUCUGACCCAGACCUCCCUUCUGACGACCCCACUCCUGUUUCCGACCUGGGAAAAUACCCUGGCUCCCCCAAUCGCAUUCCACCUCCCGCUCAGUAUGUUCCACCCCAGCCUUCUAUUGAAGAAGUCCGGCAAACUAUGCAGUCCCUGCUGGAUGAUGCAUUUGCACUGGUGACUCCCAGCAGCCAAGGGGUUACGGUCCCAGGGGCUGGACAAGCUGGAGCCACUUCAGGGCAGCAACCUGCAAACAGUACUCCAGCCCACAGCGGGCGAGGGGCUAAACCAUGGGUCUAUCCCCCUCAGCAACCAUCUCAGAGGUUCCCAGAAUAUGGUAUCCCCCCGGCAGCUGCCCCCACCCAUCUAACAAGAAGCCCUGGUUUUGGUUCAGGCUUCCUACUCCCAGCAGAAGUGGCUGAAUCUCAGCAGACUGAAACCUCAUAUCCUUCCAGAGGGCUGUUCCCAGAGGACGUCUCUUCUGUAGCAAGACCCCGGCCGCUGGGAAGCACCGCAGGUUCGCCCCAGAUUCACCAGCUGACACAAGUUGGCAUCGCCAGCAGAAUGGGUGUGCCAUCCAUAGACCAACCAUCUAACAGGGGUGGACAACAACCAGCAUUAACUCCAAGCUGGUCCUCCUAUUAUCUGCAAGAGGAGGAGACUCCACGGCACAUGCAUCAGCGCGAGCAUAGUCACCCACAUGGACUGCAGGAAUAUGGAGUGUUCCCAGGCAACAGAGGUCCGGCCCAUCAGUCGGUGGCCACCUCUCAUCUCCAACCCUCCAUCUGUUACCCCUCUGGCUCAGCAGAAGAGUUUCACCCCAGCCACUCCUCAGCCUCCCUCAUUAAGGCCAUCCGGGAGGAACUCCUGCGCCUAUCCCAGAAACAAGCGGCCGUGACCAGUUACCACAGUUGAUAAGGGCUGGGCAGGACGGAGAAGUAGCUGCUUCCCAUGGAAGCCAGAGGAUGGUGGGGAAGUUGUUUGAGGAACAAAGGAACAUUUUAUAGGACAGUGAGUUGGGUCAGCAACAUGUUCAAAGACAUUGCACAUUACACUGAUCUGUAGCCCAAGUUUACACUGUCUCGUGCACCUACCUGCCCUCACCUGGGUAGGUUAUGGAUUCUACCCUUGGAGGAGACCCAUGCACUGGAGAAUACUGGUGUGUAUAUCACUCUUAAUGGUGAACCGUAGGCGUGUGGACUCUGGGGUAGACUCUGUCCAAGCUGCACAUUAAUUCCACAGUCAGUUGUCCUCAAUGGAGAUACCUUUGCCAUAAUAACACCAGCAUCCCUGAUUCUGGUCGGGCAUCUUGGCACCCAUAAGUGAAUAUUCACCUAGUGUCACAACAUGUCACACACUACCAGCAAUGACAACACACAAGUGUUCAGUAGGGUGCAGUUUUAUGACUUCUAGGAUAAGGAGCUGAGCCCAGGGAAAUUUGGGGGACAUAUUUUUUUUAAGAUGACAUUUUAAUAUCCCCAGAGUUGAGUUACAUUAAUUCAUCUGCUUCAGCUCUGGGGGGCUACAGAGCCAAAUGAUCAAGUUCGUUUUAGGGUCUACAGAUUUUUGUUUAUAUUCAGCCUGACCCUAACCCCCAGCUUGCCAACCUGUGCCCAACCUGCACCACUUUCCCAGACCCAUGCCAUUGGCUAAGUUUCUUGGUCUUUGGGUCCUGUGCAUCACUAGAUUGUUUGUCUUGCAUUUGGAACAUAUCUGGCAAGGCAAAGUCUGACUAUUGAGAAGGCCACUUGAAGGUGGAAACUUUGUUGGCCACCAAACGUAACUGAUUAGAGUAAUCUUAAUUACUCUAGUUUUUACUCUAGGUUUUGUCCAAGUAAAACUACUGCUAAGAUGGUGGGAGUUAGCGUUCAGGAACAGGCAAAGGAGCCCUUUGAAUGUUUGGGUGUUGUAGGUCAGCAACAAUUAACCUUGUGUUGUCAAAUUGUUUAUGCCACACUACAUUGGGCCAUAACUAAUAGUGUGUCCAUCCAAACAGUUUAGUCAAGGCUCUCGAGACAUUGAAGUCAUUUGUUUGCCUAAAUGGAACAUAUUGUGGUGACAUCUGUGCAGGAGAUGAUGUAGCUCCAAGGUACCUUAUGGUUCAAUACCUAGUGGCAUCACCAAAUUGCUUUUAAGCUUCACUGUACUGUUGUAGACCCCUGACUAGAAUGACUAACCAAGGUCCAUAAAUGGUGGCACAUUCUAUGGUGGUCUUGUCUUAGUCUUAGCAAGGUCAAAUUCUAUUGCUCCAAGGUCCUCUCAGUAGAGUCAUCAAGGUUUAUGAAUGUUGGUACGUUCUCUGGUUCUGCAUUUGACCUAGUACCAAGAUACUCUUGUGGUCAUGUAUCACCAGCAUACACAAAUAGUGUUGUAUAGAAUUGCCUCACCAAGGAUUGUGAGUCUUGUUAACAUUAUCCAGUACUGCAGGACACAGGACUAAGGUACCCUUGUAGUCUUGUUUUAAGCUUGGCCUCAACAAGGUGCAUGACUGCAAGAAACAUAGGACCAGGGCACCCUCAUGGUUCUCUACAAGGUGCAUGAAUGGUUUGUUACUCCACCUUGAGGUUACAGUUGUCCCCUAGUCAUGAGAAGAAGCAGGACAUUAUCGAUCUCAUUGUCUUUCUGUAACGGGCUGAGAAUUCUUGUUUCCUUGACUAGGGUUCAGUAAUUUUACUGAAACACUCACUAGCCUUAUUAUACAGCAAUAACUGUAGAAACCACCAUGGACCUUACCCAGAUGCCCCAAGUAACCCAAGAAAACCCAAUCACUGGGGCAAGUUAAUAGAAAGGGCAAGUUCACCUUUGUAUUAACGUACAUAUGUUACAGAUGUACCUAUUUUACUCCA